AUGAUCCAAGCUAUUGAUUCGGUGGGUGGCAGUAUACAACCAAAUGAAUCAAGAAGAAUCUAUACAGAAGAAGAAUUUGAAAAUUUAUACCUUAAGCAUGACGAAACUAAGCAGGUUUCCUUUCGACAAAAAUCUUCCUCGAUGUUACGAAAAGCUUUCCUCAAAAUUCGUAAGGGGUAUUGUGGUCCAGAUACAAGUGUUGGCUUCGGCACUCAACUAUCACGUUUCUUUUACAAUUUAUUUCCUUUCAUUGAUGUCUUUCGGCACUAUGAUGUAAAAAAUUGGCUUGUGAAUGAUUUGGUGACUGGAUUCACGAUCGGUGUCAUGCACGUUCCUCAAGGAAUGGCCUAUGCAAUGCUAGCUACGGUUCCACCGAUUUACGGUCUUUACUGUUCCAUGUUCGCUUCCUUUUUCUAUUUCUUCUUAGGCACUUCACGACAUCUUUCUUUGAGUACUAUCGCAAUCAUUAGUCUUCUUGUUGGCAGUUGCCUCGAUCGCACGAUACCUCAGUUGCUUUCUAGAGCGUCAACUAAUGAAUCAGAAUUAGUUAUGACGACCACACCGACGGAUGACGCAAACGAAUCGGCGAAUCGUAUCUUGUUGGCUUCUGCUUUGGCCUUGACUGUCGGUAUUAUACAGUUUUCCAUGGGUCUUCUACGACUGGGAUUCUUGACUAGUCUGCUCUCUGAUCCAAUGCUGGUUGGUUUUACAGUGGGAUCAUCUGUUCAUGUGGCAAUUUCCCAGAUUUUUGGAAUAUUCGGUCUCAAUCUCAGGAAACAUACUGGCGUCUUCAACGUUCCACGGAAUUUCUACCAGAUAUGUGCAAACCUACCAGAAGCGAAUUGGGUCACCUUCGGUCUUUCUUCAGCUUGCUUAUUCCUACUCUACCUAUUCCAACUCCGCAUAAAUCCGCCUCUUAGAAAGCGCAUCAAAGUUCCCAUUCCAAUUGAAAUUUUGGUGCUCUCACUGGCAGGAAGAAUGCUAGGUGACGCGUUCGUGAUCGCUGUCAUUGGCUUUGCUCUCUCCUAUUCACUCGCCUCCUUCUAUGGAAACAAGGAGGGCUACAAAGUGAAUCCUAAUCAGGAGUUGGUGGCUUAUGGAAUUAUCAAUGCAGCGGGUUCAUUUUUCAAAAUUUAUCCUGUUGGUUCGUCUAUUUCCAGAACAGCACUAGUAAAUUCCAUGGGAGGAAAAACCCAACUUGUCGGUCUUAUCGCUUCUGUAUUUGUGCUCAUUGUAGUUCUUUUUGCCGGUCCACUAUUCUACCAUGUACCAAGUUGCUGCCUUUCAGCCAUCAUCCUUGUAGCCCUCAGAGGUAUGGUUCUUCAGUUGCUUGAUCUUCCAGUCCUCUGGCGGUGUUCUAUUUGGGAUUUCGCCUCAUGGAUAGUGACAUUCCUUGCCACAGUAUUCCUUGAUAUUCUCUACGGUCUAUUAAUAGGCAUUGCCUUCUCAGUCCUCGCUAUUUUCUUUCGUUUACUAUGUUCAAGGGCCUAUGUUGUCGCCCAAGUAGAAGAUACGGAAGUUUUCAGAUCUAGCGAAUUAUAUUCAUCAUGUGUAGAUGACCCCAAAGUGAAGAUAAUUCGUUAUGAAGGCGGAUUAUUCUAUACUGCCACAAAUCUCUUUGUUUCUUCUGUGAUCGAGGCCGCUGGAUUCGAUCCACGUCUGAUUGCAUUCACGAGGAAGAAACUUGAUGAGGUGAUAAAGGAAGCAGAUAUAGUCUUAAAAGAAUAUGAUUGUGUUCAUGGGGAAACGGAGCUUACAUUCCAUCCACAGGAAGAUGCAACAGCGAGCGUUGACAUACAAUUGAAUGAAAGUGGUCGUUGUAAGGAGAUAAGCCAAAGUUUCCACAGACACAAGUCUUCCCGCUCGGGGGCAGCGAAUAGAAAGCAGAUUGCCCAAGAGGAGAUGGCAAAACUUCUUUCCACAGUUCCCAUCAAUCAUUUGAUUCUCGACUGUUCGACGUGGACUUUCAUUGAUGUGGCUGGUACAAAUACCUUAAAGACUUUGUUAUCGGAUUUCAACUCAGCUGGUGUAACUGUUUAUCUUGCUUCGCUUUCAAGUGCGUUAACACUCUUAUAG